CAGGUCCGGCACUGUGCUGCUCUACUCGCUGAGCGCCCCCGGUUUGGCAGGGGCAGCGGGGGCAGGAGGGGCAGGUGCAGGAGGGGGCGGAGGGUGCCGGAAGGUGGCGGUGCUGCGGGGCCAUGAGGACGAGGUGACAGCGCUGAGGUUCCACGCGCCCCUCAGCGCCCUCAUUAGCGGCUCCAGGGACGGCUGCGUGCGGCUGUGGGACCUGCGCGCCGCGGAUAACAACAACAACAGCGGCAGCGGGGGCAGCAGCAGCAGGGCGGCCACAGCGGUGCUGGGCGGGCUCAGCGGUCGUGUGUGCUCCCUGGCAGUGGUGGGGGAGCACACGCUGGUGGCUGGGGACUGCUCCUCCUCGCUCAAGACAUGGGAUCUGCGCAUGCUGCCUGCCAGCAGCCGGGUGACCCACGGGUCGUUCGCGCCCCGCCGGCUGCCCAACGCGCCUGCCUUUGCGGGCGACAGCUGCCCCACCGCGGGUCUGUGGGUGGGCGGCCGCAGCGGCGUGAUGCUGUCGAGCAGCAUCGCCUGGUGGACUCCCAACAAGCAGGCCACUCUUCUUACAUCCAGCAACAGCCAUUUAAGCAGUUUUCUGUAUUACGGUUCAGGUUCGGUCAACUUUGUUUUGCCUGUACUCGCGGUUCACAUGCGAACCUCUCCCCAUUGCUUGCUCCUGUCCUACUCAACUACACACACCCACAGGCCCUGGAGGAGGCUCCCCCCAGCGCCAAGCUGCCCCAGGCCUGCCUCAACGUCUCCGCUGUGGGCACCUCCUCCUCCUCCUCCUCCUCCUCCACCGCCACCUCCACCUCCUCGGCCCCCUCGCUGCUGUGCCAGUACCAAUACACGCUGCGUUUGGGUCCGGGGGUGGUUACGUGCAUGGCAGGUGGGGGAGGCGGCAGCGGUACUGCUGCGGACGAGG